AAAUAAAUUAUAUAAUUUCACCCAGUAGGAUGGCAAUUCAAAGUGAGUGGAAAAUAACAAAUGUUUACAAGAAUGUGCAGAAAUUGGAAUCCUUGUAUAUUGCUAACUGGAAUGUAAAAUGUCCCAGCUGUUUGGGAGACAUUUUGGUGGUUCUUUAAAAAAGUUAAAUACAGAACAGAAUUACCAUGAAAAAAGAAAUUCCACUACUAGGUAUAUAUGACAAAGAAUUAAAUGUAGGUGUUCAAAUACUUGUACACAGAUGUUCAUAGCAGCACUAGUCACACUAGACAAAAUAUAAAAUACAAAAACUCAAACCUCUAUUGGGUGAAUAGAUAAAUUGUGGAAUACCCAUACAAUACAAUAUUAUUUUGCAAUAAAAGGGAAUGGAGUGCUGGCACAUGCUACAACCCAGAUGGACUUUGAAAUCAUCAUGCUAAUGAAAGAAGUCAGACACAAAAAAGGCAAAGAUUCUGAGUCCAUUACUUGAAAUAUCCAAAAUAAGUAAAUCCUAGAGAGACAAGGUAUGUUGGUGGUUGCCAGUAUGUGGGAGGAGAGGGGAAUAGGAAGUUCUUGUUAAGCAUGGGUUUUAUUUGGUGAUGAUGAAAAUGUUUUGGACGUAGAUGAUGGUAGUUGCAAACUAUUGUGAAUGGACUAAAUUUCAACAAAUUGUUCAUUAAAACGGUUAAUCGAAUGCUGCGUGCAUUUCAUCUCAAAUGUGACAUUUAUCAUUUGUGAAACACUAUGAUAUCUGAGAUUUGAUCCAAACUAAUGAAGUGAGGGUAGAGAUACAAAAAGUAAAAACAAAAACAAAGCACAGCAGAGUCGGAAAUGGAUAGAAACCUGGAGUGUCAAGUUAUUGCCGAAAUCCAUGUGAGAAACGAGGCUGGGCUCUUGGGUGGAGGAAGAGGCUAGAACCGAACAGCGCUGAGGUGUGUCUGUAGAUAAAAGCAAGAAGACUGGGGAAAGAAAGAAAUCCAGAUUUUUAUGUGAACCUGGAGGCAGGGGUGUCUUUGCCGAGCUGCGGAGAACCGCGGGCGCGAAUCAAGGGUUGCCCUUGGGAAAUCCUCUCCUUGUACACCUUAAACUCUACUUCACGUGCCAAUUGUAUCUCAAUAACAUUGGGGAUAUACAUAUAUUUAUUUUUAAAGAAAUUGCUAUUCGGGCUUAACGCGCGCUGCACUUUCGACACAAGUGGAGAAGCCGAGGAGGCGGGCCGUGCUCGGGCGUCUUCCUCCCGCGUCUUAAGUGUCUGAUCUCCGAGGGACGCGAGGGCUUGGUCCGUUUCCACGCCCUCUCUGAGUGGGCUGGGGUCUAGGGCUGCCGGGACCCGGGCUCUGCCGGCUCGGGGUCCCACCUGGUGACACCUGCCAGGUCUCCGCCCCGCGCCCCAGCUGCUAGGGACUGGUUUGGGGCAGGGAGAGGCAGGAUAGGGCGGGGUGCGUGAGGCCACGCCCAGGAGGCGGUGCGCGGGAGCCCCCUCGCCCUUGCUCCCAGCCCUAUAGAGCUCCGGGCCAUGGCGGCCGCCGAGCCCAAGCCCCCCACGGGGGCGGCCGCGGCCCGACGCCUGGCCCAGAGCUGCUGGUCCGCGUUCUGGGACUACGAGACGCCCAAGGUGAUCGUGGUGAAGAACCGACGCUUGGGCAUCGUGUACCGCGCGGUGCAGCUGCUCAUCCUGCUCUACUUCGUGUGGUACGUGUUCAUCGUGCAGAAGAGCUACCAGGACAGCGAAACGGGCCCCGAGAGCUCCGUCAUCACCAAGGUCAAGGGCAUCACCUUGUCCGAACACAAAGUGUGGGACGUAGAGGAGUACGUGAAACCACCGGAGGGAGGAAGCGUGUUCAGCAUCAUCACCAGGAUUGAGGUCACCCCCUUCCAGACCCUCGGAACAUGCGCCGAGAGUAUGAGGGUCAGCAACGCCACCUGCGACUCGGACGAGGACUGUGUGGCUGGGCAGCUGGACAUGCUGGGAAAUGGUCAGUGUGCGCCAACUGGGCGUGGGGGUGGGCCGCGCCCCUCACCACCUGAGCGCUCUCUGCCCGCAGGCCUGCGGACCGGGCGCUGCGUACCUUAUUACCACGGGUCCUCCAAGACCUGCGAGGUGUCGGGCUGGUGCCCGGUGGAAGACGGGGCCUCAGUCAGCCAAUUUCUUGGUACGAUGGCCCCCAAUUUCACCAUCCUCAUCAAGAACAGCAUCCACUACCCCAAAUUCCACUUCUCCAAGGGCAACAUCGAGAACCGGAAGGGUGGCUACCUGAAGCACUGCACAUUCCACAAGGUCUCUGACCUCUACUGCCCCAUUUUCAAGCUGGGCUACAUCGUGGAGCAGGCAGGGGAAAACUUCACAGAGCUGGCGCACACGGGUGGUGUCAUUGGGGUCAUUAUCAACUGGGACUGUGACCUGGACCUUUCAGCAUCAGAGUGCAACCCCAAAUACUCCUUCCGGAGGCUGGACCCCAAGCACAUCCCAGCCUCAUCCGGCUACAACUUCAGGUUCGCCAAGUAUUACAAAAUAAAUGGCAGCAUCACCCGCACACUCAUCAAAGCCUAUGGGAUCCGCAUUGAUGUCAUCGUGCACGGACAGGCGGGGAAGUUCAGCCUGAUUCCCACCAUCAUUAACUUGGCCACAGCGCUGACCUCCAUCGGGGUGGGCUCCUUCCUGUGCGACUGGAUCUUGCUAACAUUCAUGAACAAAAACAAGGUCUACAGCCAUAAGAAAUUUGACAAGGUGUGUACUCCAAGGCACUCCUCAGGCAGCUGGCCUGUGACCCUGGCCCUUGUCUUGGGCCAGGCCCCUCCCCCACCCUAUCCCUGCUCUCCAGACCCAGGCCAGGCUGGCCAACUGCAGGGUGAGGGGCAGAGCCAGGCCCGGGCUGUCCCACCCCCAUGGCCUUGCCCCACCUCUGCCCCAUCUGAGCAGAUGGUGGAUGCUCCCGAACAGAGUGCGGGACCAGGGCUUUGUGCCUCCGAGCCUUCCCAACAGGACUGCGUGCUCACAGAUGCCCGAGGUUUGGCCCAGCUCUGAGCCUACUUCCACCUUCUCCCACACUGCACUUAAGGCCCCGGGCGUGUCAUGGACCCCUGACAUCUGAGGCCUCAGCACAGCCCCUGGCUAUCCAGGGCAGCACAGCUGGGACCAUGGACAUGGGCCCUGCCCAUACACCUCAGCAAAACCAGCAGCCAAAGGGUUCCCAUGCAGCUAGACCGUGGGGUGACAUGAAUGGGACGAUGACUCCUGCUCCAUCUUAUCCCCCAACUGUAGGGUCAAGUCCCCACCUCCUCCCUAGUUGCCUUCCUCCCAGGCUCUUUGCUCCUGCCCACCCACCCAGCCCUACCCAGCCUUUCUGCUUGCCCCACAGCUAAGAAAUCACACAUCCACUGUCCAAUAAAACUGUGACCAGAACCUUCUAGCCUCAUCUUUGGGGGAGAAGCAUCUUGAGGCUCUUGACAAACACACCAUGGCAGGUCUCUGCACAUGGCGGGCGGUGGGUGUGCUUGGUCCUCAUCUUCCCCUAGCCAGCCUGGGCGCAGUGUGUGGAUGCACCUGCUGCCCCCAAAUCCAGUCAGGUUACAACCAGGUCUCACGGGGGGAUCAGUGGUGGGGGACACACAGGCUGAGUGCAUCCCAACACCU